AUGAGCGAGUUUGAUGAUGAUGAACCAAUAACUUUAUCAGCUCAUGCUUUAGCGGCAUUACAAGAGUUUAAAACUGAAGAGAAAACAAGAUUAGAAAAAUUUGAACAAUUAUAUCAAGAAUCAGAAGAUAAAUUUGAUCAACAACAAGCACCAAAGAAUAUAACUAUUGAUGAUUUUAAAGAAGAUUGGCAAUUAUCUCAAUUUUGGUACUCAGAUGAAACUGCAAUGAUACUAGGGAAAGCAUUAUUAGAAGGUGCUGAUGAAGAUACUGUUGUGGUUAUAGCAUCUGCUCCUUCUGUAUAUGCUGCAAUAAAACAAUUACCCCAAGAUGAAGUACCGACAAAACAUAUAUACUUAUUAGAGUAUGAUCCAAGAUUUAAAGUUUUAGCAGGUAAUGAACAUUUUAGUGUUUAUGAUUAUAAUAAACCAAAUGAUAUCCCAUCUCAUUUAAGAAAUAAAUGUCAUAGAUUACUAAUAGAUCCUCCUUUUCUUGAAGAAGAAUGUCAAACAAAAAGUGCAGAAUCAGCUAAAAAUUUAUUAGUUAAAGACAAAACUUCAAAAACUAAAUCAGGAGAUUUAAAAUAUAAAUUAAUAUCAUCAACUGGUGAAAGAAUGCAUGAAGUUGUUUUAAAGAAUUAUCCUGACACAAAGAUGACAGAUUUUUUACCAGAACAUAAAAACGGUCUUAGUAAUGAAUUCAGAUGUUAUGCGAAUUUCGAGGGAUUUUAUUGGAAAUUUAAAUAG